UGCACAAUUGUGAUGACUUCCUCAUCGUUCAUUCAUAGUUUUACAUCAUCGUUUUUUUUAUUUUUUUUCCCCACUUCUUUCUAAUUCAGGUAUUGCAAAGUAGUAUGAAACGUGUGAUGACAUGCACACUAAUUGCAUGCCAAUAGCCCGGAUUUCAUAUCUCCCUUAAUUUUGACGCUGUUUUUCGUUCUUCACUCCUUCACUGCUCUCAACACCACCCAUUGUCUUACCUCCCUCUUGAUUCACUACCGCUGUAACAAUAACAAGAAACCAUAGUAACUUUAGGCCACAAAAAAGAAAGAUAAAACAAACAGACGAAAGAAAUAUAGGCGACCAGUAAAGCUUGAUAGAUAGACUAGAAAGAGUAAAUUCAUCAUGGAUCGCCUUUCACAGGCAACAGACGCCUUCAAGAAGGGCCCAACACCCGGUGCUUCUGGCCUCACCGGGACCACCACGGGCAUUGAACUCACACUACGAAACCUUUCUCUCUCAGUCAUCCCACCUCCCUCUCUCCUCACUCGCGUCGCUCGUAAGCUCCGGAUUGUUCCUAAUCCGGACAAGACUGUGUCUGAAAUGACUGUUGCUAGUAGCGCAAAUGUUGCCGCCGAGAAGACGGGAGAUUUGAACGCAGAGAUGACCGAUCUUGAUGGACCUUCUUCACCUAGAAUAGACCGAGAUCUACGAAACGUUGGUGUAAACAUCUUUCGCAAUGUUGAUCUUACAGUAAAACCUGGGCAAGUGUGUAUUAUUCUGGGAGGUUCAGGAUCAGGCAAGACCACAUUGCUCAAUACAAUUGCUGGUCGCAUGAAUGGACCCGAGGUAGUCAUAUCUGGCAGCAUCCAAUGCAAUGGUAUUAAGGCCAAGAAAUUCUGGAACGACGGCAGUGUCGGCUAUCUCCAACAGAAUGACUUUUUGAUGCCCUUCCUCACUGUCCGUGAAACACUCAACUAUGCUGCACACCUUCGUCUCCCAAGGACUAUGUCAAGUCAAAAGAAGCAUGAGCUUGUUGAAUUAGUUUUGCUUGAGCUUGGUCUGAAGGACUGUGCUGAUACCAGAGUUGGUGAUCCCGGAGGUGGUGAGAGCGGUGGUGGCGGUAUCCGAGGUAUCAGUGGUGGUGAACGCCGCCGUGUUUCUGCUGGCGUUCAAUUACUGACCAAUCCUAAAAUGCUUCUUUGCGAUGAAGUAACGUCAGGAUUGGACGCGUUCUCGUCAUAUGAGGUCAUGAAGUCACUCACAAAACUAGCAAAGUCGACCCAAAAGACUAUAGUCAUCUCUAUCCAUCAGCCCCGCUCUGAAAUCUUCAAGUUACUAUCGGAAUCAGAUGGUCAAAUGGUCCUUCUCUCUAGAGGUGAUAUUAUCUAUAGCGGCCCUGUUCGGUCUGUUUUGCCAUGGAUCGAAUCCACUGGUAUCAGUCCCUGUCCCAGUGGUGUCAAUCCUUUUGACUACUUACUCGACCUGAGCAUGAUCGAUUUCGCUAGCGAGGCUCUUGAAAAGACCACUGCCAUUCGCCGUGACUUACUUGUCCAAGCAUGGACUAGAAGAGAGAAGAAUGCAAUCUUUGCAUUGACUGAUCCUUCUUUAUUGACCAGUAGCGGGGGUGAGUCGUCAUCCGCAGCACGGCAUCCUAAUGCAGUUUCUUCCUCAUUUGCAUCCUUGGCAGUCGAUAUUAUUCCUAAGGGCUCAGGACCUUCUCUUUGGAGUCAGAUCCGCGUCCUGACUGCACGUGGUUGGAAGAAUCAGAUUCGGGAUAGCAUUGUGAUUUGGGGUUGCAUUGGCGAGUGUAUAGUCAUUGGUCUUGCUGUGGGAGCCAUCUUUUUUGAUCUGGAUCAUUCCCUUGGCGGUAUUCGCUCCCGCACUAGUUUAGUCUACGCAGUGGGCGCCAUCCAGGCAUAUCUGAUGCUGAUGAUCUUCAUUUACCAACUAUCCCAAGGCAUCGUUGUUUAUGAUCGAGAGCGAAUGGAUCGAUGGUAUGGCCCACUACCUCAUCUGAUCAGUACGGUCGUGUAUACAGCUCCACCCAACAUCCUCUAUCCCAUUGUCUUUUCAGCUAUUGUCUAUUACAUGACAGGUCUCCGAACAGACUCUGUGGAACAUUUUGCAUGGUGGCUACUCGUCAAUGUAACCAUGCAGUUUGUCACUUUUGCAUUUGCGGUGCUUUGUUCUUCUAUUGUCCGAGGCUUUUCAUCCGCCUCAAUGCUCGCCAACGCCAUCUUUGCGUUUUUUGGGCUGUCAACCGGCUUCUUCAUUGUCACCAGCUCUAUCCCUGUUUGGUUGAGGUGGAUCAAAUACCUGGCUUAUCCCAACACAUGCUAUUUGAUAUUGGCCAGUAAUGAGUUUACAGAUAAUCGGUUUUCAUGUCCGUAUGUCGGCGCGGAUGGAGCCUGGGAUCCUGUCAGAUGUUCUCCUUGGGAUGGAAACCUGAUUUUGAAGGGUCAGUUGGAUGUGGAGCCCAAUUACUACCCAGUCCCUAUCGCACGUAUGGCCUAUUACUUCGUUGGAUUCCUCUUUGUAGCCUGGAUCGCAUUGACUUUCAUAAUUGUUAAUCCUACAAGUAUGGGUUCAGGCCCUACACUGGCCGAUAUAUUCGUCAAUCAAUUCAUGAAGUUGUUCAGGAAGAGAGAAAACAAGACUAAAUCCUCUGUGAGUGGCGAGCAAGGAAAUUCAACAGCUGUGUCCUCAGAAAUUAGUCUGGAUCUGGAGAAGGAAGCUCGGUUGGGUGAGACUCGUCUGGAUGUGUUCUCCAAGGGGUUGGAGCGCAAGGAUCCUGUGACAAUCCGUGUGGAAAACCUCAGUUUAUCUGUAUCGCUAUCGAAGUUUGAGUGGAGUUUUAAGGGCAUCAUGAGGGGUCUCCGCCGUGAGAGGACUGAGAAACAGCUGUUGAAAAAUGUAGAUGUUGUCUUCCCAGCAGGCGAAUUGACUGCGAUCCUUGGAGGCAGCGGAGCCGGAAAGACGAGUCUACUCAAUACCUUGCUGCACCGUACGUCGCCGGAACUAAAAAAGAAAGGGGCGGUUUACUAUAAUGAUACCAAGAACCCGUCCUUGCGUCUAAUCAACGGUGUCAGCUCCUAUGUCCGCCAAGACGACAACUUCUUGUUGUCUCAUUUGACUGUCCGUGAAACACUCCAGUAUGCUGCCGAACUUCGAAUGGAUAGCUCUGUUUCCAAGGCAGACAAACAUGCAAAAGUUGAGGAUAUCAUUGACCUUUUAGGACUGAGAGAAUGUGCAGAUGUCAUUAUUGGCAAUGCCGCUGUAAAGGGAUGCUCGGGAGGCCAGCGUCGCCGGGUCUCGAUCGGCAUCCAGCUUGUCACGGAGCCUGCAUGUCUGUUCCUUGAUGAACCUACUAGUGGAUUAGAUGCAUUGACAGCGAAAGCAGUCGUGCUGACGUUGAAGCAGAUUGCAGCCAGUGGAAGGACUGUUGUUUGCACAAUCCACCAACCUCGUGCAGAUAUCUGGCAUGUUUUUGACAACGUUGUUCUUUUGGUCACGGGUGGACACGCAGCUUACUCUGGACGUGCUGACAAGGUUGUUGAGUACUUUGAGGAUGCAGGACAUGUUGCCCCAAUAUUCACCAACGUUCCAGAUUUUAUCUUGGACACUGCAUCCAUCAACUUGCGUUCAGCUGAGUUGGAAGAAAAGACUCGCAAGAUUGUCAAUGCGCUUGUGGAGCGGUUCAAUGCGAACAAGUAUGACAUGCUGGCAUCUCAGCUCCCAAAGGUGCCUUGUGGAGAACUGCCCAAAAUCAACCCUCAGUUUGCAUCAUUUGGCAAAGCAUUCCCAAUUCUAGCACGUCGUUCAUUUGUGAACACUUUCCGCCAGAAAGGCUUAUACUUCAACCGAGCUUUCCAGCCAGUGAUUGUAUCCAUUAUCAUGACCAUUUUCUUUGCGCCUCUUGGUAAUGAGCCUGUGGAUGUGACCAGUCGUUUUGGACUGUUGCAGCAGACAUCACCUAUUGUAUUCUCAGGAAUGCUGAACAACGUUGCCAUUUAUCCUUUUGAGCGUGACAUAGCCUAUCGAGAAAUCUCGGAUGGCGGCUACAGUGCGACAUCAUUCUUUGCCUCUUAUUUGAUCAACGAGCUCCCGUUGGAGAUUUUCGGAUCAUUAGGAGUGACGUUGUUCAUGCUUGUGAUUACAAAUAUGAAGACUACAGUCUUGACGUUCUUUUCAUUUUGGGUCAUUAUGUUUGGAUACAUCAACACGGGCGAGAGCAUUGGUCUUGCUUUCUCUACGUUCGCUUCACAUGCUGGUUUCAACAUCACGGUUAUGAGUGCAGUGAUCAGUGUUUUCUCGUUUAUGACGGGUUUCAUGUCUCUUAAUAUUCCUAAAUGGCUGGAAUACAUUAACUACGUAUCGUUGUUCAAAUACGGAUCCUUUAUCAUGACGCGGAAUGAAUUUGAUGGUCGUGUCUUUGAUUGUUCAACUGAACAGAUCAAUUCAGGUGCAUGUCCUUACCCAACAGGUGAUGCCGUAUUGGAAUUGCUCAGGUUCAAAGACCAGGACUGGAAUCUGUACAUGGGCUUGUUUGUGGCCGUUGUAUUGAUUUAUCGUCUAUUAGCGUGGGCGGCUCUUGUGGCCAAGGUCAAGAGUAACAAGUGGUAGAAGAAUAACUCUUUUUUUCUUUUUUUUUCCCCCCUCUUCUUUUGUAUACCUGUUAAUCCUUAAAGUAUUAUAAAUGCAUACAGUCCCAUCACUAUCAUUACCAUUAUCAUUACCAUUAUCAUUAUCAUUAUCAUUAUCCAUUAUCUAUUAUCCAUUAUCCAUUAUCACUAUCAUUAUCAUUAUCAUUAUCAGUACCAGUAUCAGUACCAGUAUCAACAAGUUGUCAUAAUCAUAACAAUAAUAAAAAAGAGCUAUUUGAC